AUGCCAUUGCAAUUGCACUGAGAGAGCAGAGCUGGAAGAGUUGGCUUGACUUGGCUGGCUGGCGGAUUGAACUUCCAAGUUCUUGGUUUUCUCCACCAUGGACCCUGAAGCCUUCCCCUCCACCUUCUUCAAAUGGGACCCCAGAGCCGCCGUGCCGCCGCCAAGCCGCCUGCUCGAGGCGGUGGCUCCGCCACAGCCACCACUGGCCGCGGCCUACUCCGUGCGGCCUCGGGAGCUCGGAGGGUUGGAGGACCUGUUCCAAGCCUACGGUAUCCGGUACUACACAGCGGCGAAGAUGGCUGAGCUGGGCUUCACGGCCAACACCCUCCUAGACAUGAAGGAGGAGGAGCUCGACGACAUGAUGAACAGUCUCUCCCAGAUUUUCCGGUGGGACCUCCUUGUCGGGGAGCGUUACGGUGUCAAAGCCGCCGUUAGAGCCGAGCGGCGCCGCCUCGAAGAGGAGGAGUCCAGGCGCCGCCACCUCCUCUCCGCCGAUGCGACAAACGCUCUCGACGCCCUCUCCCAAGAAGGGCUAUCGGAGGAGCCGGUGCAGCAGGAGAAGGAGGCGGUGGGGAGUGGUGGCGGCGGCGGAGGAGGAGUGGGGUGGGAAGUGGUAGCAGCGGGAGGGGGGAAGAAGAAGCAGAUCAGGAGGAAGAAGAAGGAACAAGCAAGAACGGCGGCGACUGAGGAAGAGGGAGCGGCGGAGGAGGAGGAGGAAGAGGAGGAAGACAACGGCGGCGAUCAGAUACAGAGGCAAAGAGAGCACCCGUUCAUCGUGACGGAGCCUGGGGAGGUGGCACGCGGCAAGAAGAACGGCCUCGAUUACCUCUUCCAUCUGUACGAGCAAUGCCGCGAGUUCUUGAUCCAGGUCCAGGCCAUCGCCAAGGACCGAGGCGAAAAAUGCCCCACCAAGGUAACAAACCAGGUGUUUAGGUACGCCAAGAAAGCUGGAGCGAGCUACAUAAACAAGCCCAAGAUGCGCCACUACGUCCACUGCUACGCCCUGCACUGCCUGGACGAGGCGGCCUCCAACGCCCUCAGGCGAGUUUUCAAGGAGCGCGGGGAAAAUGUCGGCGCCUGGAGGCAGGCUUGCUACAAGCCCCUCGUCGCCAUCGCCGCCAGACAAGGCUGGGACAUUGACGCCAUCUUCAAUGCCCAUCCCCGACUUGCCAUCUGGUACGUCCCCACCAAGCUCCGCCAGCUCUGCCACGCCGAGCGCAGCAGCACCAGCAGCACUGCCACUGCUGCUACCUCGAGUUCUGUGUCCGCAUCCGGCAGGGCUGAGCACCACCUGCCUUUCUGAAGAAUGGCUGUGAUUGUGUAGAACGCUUUCGAGGGUUGUGUCGGUCGUUUGGGGCUUUUGGUAUAAAGAACUGUAUU